AUGCCCGCAUAUCACUCUGCAUUCAACGACGAGCCAGACGUACGGCAAGUGGGCAACACCUCGGUCCUGCCCAUCAAGUCGACCACUCGCGCCCGCGGUCCCGCACCUCUGGCGGCUGACUCUGCCGCCGCCGAUAUCGUUGACGAAGCGCUGGACCUCUUCCGCGCCAACUCGCUCUUCCGCAACUUCGAGAUCAAGGGCCCGGCAGACCGCAUGCUCAUCUACCUUAUUCUAUUCAUCUCCGAUUGUCUCGCGAAGAUUGGGAGCAGUCGCGCCGGAAUGAGUCAGCUUGAGGCGAACAAAGCACUGAACACCUUCGCAAUUGACAACGUGCUCAUCCCCGGAGACGCCGCCUUCAACCUGAAUGCACACUACCAGCCUCCAUCGUCGCGCGCUGAUGCCGAUUACUUGCGGCAGUACCUCACUCAGGUACGCCAAGAGGUAGCCGCACGCCUCGUCGAGCGCCUGUACGCGGAUGGCACGGGCAAACCAUCAAAGUGGUGGAUGGCUUUCCAGAAGCGGCGUUUCAUGAACCGGAGUCUCAGCACGUAG